AAAGUUCCAGGGUUUGACAGAUUUUGCACAGCCAGGGGACAGAGCAGUGUAGCCAUGACGUUGAAAUGGGCCUCCCUACUGAGACGCUGGCCAGGCUUCUUUUCAAGGUUGCCCACUGGCCCCAUCUACCAAACAGCUGCCAACCAGUCCACCCUCCAGGCACAGAAUUCCCUCUACACCCCGGAUCACAUUGCCAUAAGGGAGACCUUGAGAAAGAUAAUUGACACUGAGAUUAAUCCCUAUGUCGACCAAUGGGAAGAUGCUGGGCAGUUCCCAGCUCACAAAGUCUUCAAAAUCCUUGGCAAUGCUGGGAUAUUGGGAGUAAAUAAACCAACAGAAUAUGGAGGACUGGGUCUGGACUUUUCCUACAGUAUUGCAAUUGCAGAGGAGCUUGGCAAUAUUCGCUGCGGUGGGGUCCCUAUGGCCAUUGGUGUUCAGUCAGACAUGGCUACACCAGCUCUUACAAGGUUUGGCAGUGAUGAAUUGAAACGUCAGUUUCUCGUUCCUACCAUUGCCGGAGAUGUAGUCACUUGUCUGGGAGUCAGUGAAGCAGGGGCUGGAUCAGAUGUGGCAAGUAUUAAGACAACAGCUGUGAAGAAGGGAGACGAUUACAUUAUCAACGGCAGCAAGAUGUGGACGACCAAUGGGUGCCAAGCUGAUUGGAUGUGCUUGCUUGCCAACACAAGUGCAGGGCCACCUCACAAAAACAAAUCACUUAUUUGUUUGCCUAUGAAAACACCCGGUGUCCAGGUUACGAAAAAAAUUGAAAAAAUUGGCAUGAAAUCCUCAGACACGGCACAGAUAUUCUUUGAAGAUGUCAGAGUUCCGAGCAAGUAUUUAAUUGGCGAGGAAGGAAUGGGCUUCACGUACCAAAUGUUGCAAUUCCAAGAGGAGCGCAUGUGGGGCGUAGCCAAUGUGCUGACGCCAAUGGGGAACAUCUUACAAGAAACCAUUGACUAUACGAGUCAGAGGAAAGUCUUUAACCAGCCCGUGCUGCAUAACCAGGUUGUACACUUUCGCUUAGCAGAAUUGGCAACUGAAGUUGAGCUUCUUCGCUCACUGCUGUAUCGUUCUGUUGCAAUGUAUGUGGAAGGCAAUGAUGUCACCAAACUUGCUUCCAUGGCUAAAUUAAAAGCUGGGCGCCUUGCGCGGGAACUGAGUGACAGCUGUCUUCAGUUCUGGGGAGGAAUGGGCUUCACUGAUGAAGUUCUUGUUAGUCGGUUUUAUCGAGACUCGAGGCUGCUGUCAAUAGGAGCAGGAGCGGACGAAGUUAUGCUGUCAAUCAUAUGCAAAUUCAUGGGAACCCUUCCAAGUAAAAAGUGAAUCUUUACCAUACUGUAAAAUCAUCUUGAUCUCAGAAAAUGAAAGGUUCUUGGAUCAAUAUGGUAAAUGUAAAAUCGCUUACACCAGGGCCUUAGUAUCACAAGCAUUUGUUUUGUUAGACAAGAAAACAGAUUGGGGCAACAUGAAACCACGUGACAAAUCCUGAUUUAUUUUUAGGGUUUUUUUGUGUUGAUUUAAUUAAUUUAACUUAUACAUAUCUAUAACUUAGACACUGUUAUUUUAAUGUAUUAGCCAGAAAAAAAACAUGAAAGAGCAAAAUGCUUGUGUAUAAGCGGUACAUUUCCAAUCAAACCCAAAAUCCUAAAGAAAUACAAAAAUAUAUUUUUUUAUGCUUGUGAAACUGUGUCACUAAAACCCUGGUAAAUAAAUAAUAAUUCAUAA